AUGGGAAUGCCAAACUCGCCCCCGUCCCGCCCCAUUGCCAUCCCUAAUUCCAAAUGGAUACAUGACUCCUUAGAGUUACGUCUAGAAGAAGCUGCCCUUCAUGCUAAAGAACAAGAGCUUCUUACUGCACUUAAUCAGCCUUCGUCAAUUGAAGUUCCAGCUCCUCCAACUGAAGCUUCCAACUCUCAGGUGGUUCCCGAAGUUUCUGAGGUGGCUGUUGCUGCUCCAGCAGCCACUUCCCUUCCCGUUAUCGAGCUUACAUCCCCUGUAAGCUCAGAAAGAUCCCUUGCUGAGAUUGCCCCAAGUAAACGCCCGGGACGUAAACUCACUAGAGCUCCCCCCUCAAAAAGGAGACUCACUCUUUCUGCUGAGGAAUCACCCUCAGAAGAUUUUGCUUCUGCUGCUCCUUCUCCUAAUGAGCCUACUUUGACUGAUUUAUAUCCUUCGCUUCUUUUUUCUUCCUCUCCUUCUUCCAGCAGUACUGCCCCUGGCCGUGCCUCUUUUACUUUCCCAUUAUCUAUUCCAGAAUCUGGGUCUUUGCCUUCUUCCUUUUCUUCUUACUUGAUUUUUGCUCCCCCUUCUAUCCCAACCUCUUCUUGUUCCACUAGUUCUUCUACCAUUCCUGUCCUCCCGGUAUUACUGGGAGGUUCUUUUACUACUGCUCGAGAGGAAAUUCACACUCUCUUUGGAGAGCUUCCCCCUUCCAAGACAAUCGAUCAAUUCUCGCAUGAGGAAAUCAAGCGGUGGAUGGCCAAUAUGGGUUUAGCUCGUCUGGCACAUAACUUAUAUUCUGAGAAUGAGAAGCUGAAAUAUGAAGCUCAAGUUGAGAGCCUUCAAACUCAAUUUAAAUCGGCUAUAGAUCUUAACACCGAGUUAUCUUCCAAAUUAGAGAAGCAGAUUGCUGAGACUAACAAGUUGAAGUCUGACUAUGAGUCUACAUUUGCUGAUAAACUAAAGGCUCUACGCCUGAAAGAUGAUGAAAUAACUUCCUUAAACACUUCCUUGAAUACGGCUAAGACAGAGGCCUCCACCAAAGAUGUUGAGUUGAAGUCUUCCCAAUCGGCUCCGGUGGUUUACAAAAAUGGUGAAGACGAUCGCUUCAAGGAGCGGGUUACUACCUUGAUCAAUUCUACUGACUUCAACAGGCCGAUCGUAAAAUCUAUUUUGGCCACCUAUACCGCUGGAGCUGAUGGAGCAAUAAAGCAAUUGCGAGAAGAAAACUUCUUGUCUCGUGAUCUUCCUCCUAACUUCUUGAACCGAUGCAAGCUCCUAGUUGGCAGGCCUGCUGAUUUGUUUCCUCUAGAGUAA